GAUUCUACCAGCAGCCCUGCUCGGCAUUCCUUUGGAAAAGGGAGAGGAGGAUAAGGAGGGGGGAGAGGGGUCUUAGAGGACAAACACUGGCCUCCGAGCCAUCCCUUCAAAUGGGCACCGGAACCCUCCUAUUGGCAGUUCAGCCCAGCUCCUCUCUUGCCUCUGACGCAUCCCUUCCAGGAGAUGAGGGAGUUUGAAGAUGGAAAAAAGAAACCCGCCGGAUUUGUCUCCAGAGAUUCCUGGUCAUCCCAUCUCCUGACAGGUCAUUGAUUAUGUAAGGGAAGAGGGGUGCGUCCUCUGGGAAGGGACUGCGUUGGACAGAAACACUUCAUCAGAGAUUGAAUUUUUUUCUCUACCCCGCUGGCUGAGAGAAAGGGUGUCAGAAAGAAGACCCUCAGGUAUCCUUGAGUAGGGGGUGGUCUUUGGGCUGGUUCUCAUCUUCCCCUUCACGUGGACGUCUGCCGGCUUUUGCCAGAGGAAUCUGAUCCACCCCCUCCCUUCCAGUUGAGGAGACCGUUCUUCUUUAAAAAAAAAAAUCACCACAGCGUCUGCUGUUGGAAUCGAAGAGGUAGCUGGCUUCCCCGCUGCUGUUCUAUUGCGGGGACGUUUCAGCAUGCCUGCUGGUCUCCCUGCAGAAACGGGCAAAACGACAGCAGACCAUCACAUCGGGGCCUGGUUGAGACGCCAGGGGGCCUCCACGGGCUGAGGGUGAGCCUGGGUGUGGCGAGGCCGGACCACCAGGGACCGGGUGGUCAGAUGCCCAAGGGCAGGAGGCAGAGCUCCAGACCCAAAAUCUGAACCCCGAAUGCAGCAAUGAGUGGCCACUGACGACCCCGGAGGAGGAGAGAGAGGAGGCUGGGGGUGGGCCCCGAAGUCUGAAGGAUGCCCGAAGACAGGAACAGCAGGGGGCUCCCCCAGGGGGCUUUGGUCGCGCCCCCUUUCAUUCCCAAGACCACCUACAGGAAAAUCAAGAGGUGUUUCAGUUUUCGGAAAGGAAUCUUCGGACAGAAACUGGAAGACACCGUCCGCUAUGAGAAGCGCUAUGGGCCCCGGUUGGCCCCGAUGCUGGUGGAACAGUGCGUGGACUUCAUCCGCCAGCGGGGGCUGGAGGAGGAGGGGCUCUUCCGGCUGCCUGGCCAGGCCAACCUGGUCAAGGAGCUGCAGGAUGCCUUCGACUGUGGGGAGAAGCCGGCUUUCGACAGCAACACGGACGUGCACACGGUGGCGUCCCUUCUCAAACUGUACCUCCGGGAACUGCCUGAGCCCGUCGUCCCCUACGCGAAGUACGAUGACUUUCUGUCCUGUGCCAAGCUGCUCAGCAAGGAGGAGGACACGGGAGUUAAAGAAUUAGUGAGGCAAGUCAAGAGUUUGCCGGUCGUCAAUUACAAUCUCCUCCAGUACAUCUGCAGGUUCUUGGAUGAAGUUCAGUCUUAUUCGGGGGUCAACAAGAUGAGUGUUCAGAACCUGGCUACGGUUUUUGGCCCUAACAUCCUGCGGCCCAAAGUGGAAGACCCCUUGACCAUUAUGGAGGGGACUGUGGUGGUGCAGCAGUUGAUGUCCAUGAUGAUUGGCAAACACGAGCACCUGUUCCCCCAGGAGGCUGAGCAGCCAGCAGGCAAUGACAACAACAACAGCGACGAGCCCCUGCAGAAGAAAGGUGGUAUGGGCGGUGGCGGCCAGCUGCAGAACCGAGAGAACAACAAUAGCCGAGAGGGGUCCGGGCGCCGGUGCUCCUGGGAGAAGGCCGAGUCUCCUCAGCGCAACAGCCUGGACAACGGGUCUCCCCCAGGCCCGCCGGGCAGCAGGGCCAACAGCCCGAGGAACGGCAUCCACAAGCCGGAUGUGUGCCGGAGUCCCCCUCUCACAGUGAAGAAGAACCCGGCCUUCAACAAGGGCAGCGGCAUCGUCACCAACGGCUCCUUCAGCAGCAGCGGGGGUGGCCCUGAGGGUCCAGAGAAGACCCACACCACUCCGCCCGGGAGCCUGGCAGCCCGGAGGGCAGCCUCCCUCAAGGGCCCGGGCACCAAGAUGGGCACGCACAGCGUACAGAACGGUGGGGUCCGCCUGGGUCUCCUGAGCACAGAGUCCCCGGCCCAUGCGGCCAACAGCAGGGCCCUCAGCUGGAUGCCCAACGGUCACGUGACCCUGCGGGACAGCAAGCCCAAGGAGUCGGCGGGCGAGGCGGCCCAGCACCACCGGCUGUCCACCUAUGACAAUGUCCAGCAGCACUCUGCCCCAGGGAGCUCGGAUGACAAGCAAAGCGUGGACAGCGCCACCUGGUCCACGUCUUCCUGCGAGAUCUCACUCCCCGAGAACUCCAACUCCUGCCGCUCCUCCACCACCACCUGCCCCGAACAAGACUUUUUCGGGGGGCAUUUUGAAGAUCCCGUGCUGGACGGGCCCCCUCAGGAGGAGCCCUCCCACCCCGGGGACGCCGAGGGCAAGAGCGAGCGGAGGAGCAUUGGAGGCCGCAGCAGCCGGGCCACCAGCAGCAGCGACAACAGCGAGACCUUUGUCGCCAACAGCACGGGUCUCCACAGCGCCCUGCACAGCCUGGUGUCCAGCCUCAAGCAGGAGAUGACCAAACAGAAGGCAGAGUACGAGUCCAGGAUCAAGAGCCUGGAGCAGCGCAACCUGAACCUGGAAACAGAGAUGAUGACCCUCCAUGACGAGCUGGACCAGGAGCGCAAGAAGUUCACCAUGGUGCAGAUUAAGAUGCGCAACGCCGAGCGUGCAAGGGAGGAUGCAGAAAAGAGGAACGACAUGCUGCAGAAAGAGAUGGAGCAGUUCUUCUCCACAUUCGGGGACCUCACGGUGGAGCCCCGCCGGACCGACCGGGCCAACACCAUAUGGAUCCAGUGAGAGCCUCCCUCCUCACUCCCAAAGACCCUCCGACAACUGGAGGAGGGGGAGAGGGUCACGGGGCUAGUCCUAACCGCUGACCCAGCGGCCCCAGAUGUCUGUUCAUGUCCCCGAGCAAACCAGGCAUCCCAUCGGAGGGUCCUUGGCUUCCGUCGUCCCGGACACAUACAUACAGAUCCGUGCUGGGCCGGCCCAUGCGUGGGAUCUGGAGGAAGAUUUUCAUGCGAGUCAUGCAUUUCCACUGGUGAAUCCAUGUGUCGUGGCAAACCAAGCUUCCCCCCACCCCUGGCCCCCCGACCUUGCACUUAACAUAAGCUAUUUUUGGCAUAGUGUUACCGUCAGCUUAUUUUAUAUAGCAGAUGUUUGGGUUACCCCUCUUGCUGGGGAAAAUGAAGAGAAACAAAUCUAUCUAUAUAUAUAUAUGUGUAUAUAUAUAUAAUGUUAGAUAUUAAAAGCGAAAGAAUAAAUCGUGGCUGUGCUGUUUGUGCCAAUGGACUUGCCCAUGACCAAAAGAGUGUAAAUAAUUUUAUAAAAUAUAAAA